CAAAAACCACAAGAUACCACAUACUCUUUGAGCUUAUUUGGUUUCUCAAACUAGUCAGGCUCUUCCUACUGACUGCUCCUACGUGUACUCUCUAUUUUACAGAUGUCGCUGGGGUAGUUAACCUGAUCCAACCCUGAAGAACUCAGGGAAGCCUUCUACUUGGGAAAUUUUUCCAUCCCAAUAUGCACAGGAAAUGAAGACAUCGCCGGCCAUGAUUGGAUCUGGGAAAUUGUGUUGGGUCCUCUUCUUAAUCCCACAUCUGGGCAUCUGGAGUAUUUACGGAGAAAAAUCAUGUAAUACGCAACUUCAUGUUAAGAGAGAUUCCAAGCAGAACGUCUUUGCAGGGGACCAAUUUCAACUGGAAUGUCCUGUGGUAUACUGUGGAAACAGACCGAAUGUGACCUGGUGCAAGUUAGAAAGAAAUCACUGUAUACCUCUUGAAAAUGGACAUCGGAUAACCAUGGAUUGGGAAUGCAGAGAUAAGCAUUGGUAUUUUAUUCUGUAUUUUCGUCAAGCAUUGACUAGUGACAAUGGAUCAUACCGCUGUUCUGUGAAUGUUUCGUCUAUACUCAUUGAAAGUCACUCAAUAUUUGUUAAUGUGGCAGAACAGGCUGAAAAUACUUCAAAACAUCAUCUAAUGAAUACAACCAGUGCUUCUGGACCAUCUUCCAUGGACGAGGUGGAGGACAGACUAUUAAUCCUUUACAGUUUGCUUCCUUUGGGAGGAUUGCCUCUACUCGUUACUUGCUUCUACCUAUUCUGCUGCCUGAGAAAGCAUCAAGGGGAACAAAAGAAACCUUCUGAUACAACAGAACGGGGAAUCAACCUGGUCGAUACUUCUCAGCCCUUUAGAAGUGAGCAAAUUGAAGUGGGUGCCAGGCAAAAUUCCCAAACUCUGCCAUCAGAAAGUGAAGCUUAUAAUAAUGACCCCUGGUUCAGGGCCCAGGAAAAGCCUGGGAUUCAUUCUAACCCGUGUCUGGAGGAAAAGAAGCAAGGCAUUGUUUAUGCUUCGCUGAACCACUCUGUCAUUGAAAUGAACCCAAGACAGGCAAGAAACGUGAAAGAAGCCCCUACAGAAUAUGCAACCAUAUGUGUGAGGAGUUAAAUCUGGUCCUGCUCCCACAAGUGAUCACUGACUGAUCAGCAUGUUAAUACCAUUACCUGAGACCAACAGAAUGUCAAAUAACAUUCCUUGACCUGAGAAGAUUCACUUUAAGGAGGUUCAUGAUGGAACUUGGCUCUUAAGGGUUGGUAGGAUGAGUGACUAAAAUUUCUCCCAGAAAAUUCUUUGGGAGCAUUUUACAUUAUUGCUAUGAACAACAAUGUCUCCUCUCCAAAACUAAGUCAUAUGAUGCAGAGCAGUGUAGUAGAACAUUUAAACUUAGCUACACUUUACCCAACAUAUAAACUCAAUACUCUCUUUGGAUCUAUCAGAAAGACAUGUAGGGAAGAGAGAUAUGUGUUAUCCAGAUCAGUUCACUACACACAGUUGAAAAAGAAUGUCCCAAUUUAACUAACUAACCAUAAAUAUGGUAAUGAUAGUAUAUUUAUUUCCAGUCGAUCUUUGAUAAUAAGAAAAUUCCCUCUGUCAAUCUAAUAUUGGGGUUUCUGAAAUGUAAAGGAGAAAUGAUUUUAGACUUGAUAAAAUAACUUGUGCAAUAAAGAUGUGGAAUAUACCAACUUGAUGUGAGCAGAUGUUUCCCAUACCUGAGAAACAAAUACUUAUAUCCACCCUGCUAGACUGCAAAGCAAAUAUCUGUGGUAAUGGAGCAAUUAAAGCAUGAUGCAUUUAUAAACUCAGUGUUUGGGUUACAUAGACUAAUGUGUAGGAGUUGACAUAAGGCUGCUGAAUUAAUAUACUUGUGUGUGUGUCUGAAUAAACAUAAAAGUCAGUGAGAAUAGUUAUCACCAGGUAGGUGCAUAUUGAUGACUUGCACUGCUUUAUGUUGACAUGAUGUCAAAUUAAAAGCAUAAUUAAUGGAAUGGAGCAAAGUUCAGACUCUUUAGUUGGCCAGUACAGGUCAACAGGUUUUCAUUCACCACAUCUGUAUCUUGCUGUUCUUAUUACUAAGGAAUCAGUGCAAAUCAUACAUAGUGAGGUAGUAUAGUUUGAUAACCAUUUGUUUUAAAAUACUGUGGUUGUGGCCACUUAAAAGUAUAGUAAGAAGAUAUGAUUUCAGUUUUCUGAAUUUCCGGAGUACUUGAGUCUAAUUAUUUCAAAAAUAGCCUGCAACUUUAUUCAACAGUUUAAGGCUAUUAGGGUUCUCAGGUGCUGCUACUAAAUAAUGCAACAGACCUCAUAUGGAAUGGAUAGCAGAGGUUAGAAUCCAUUAGAACAAAUACAUGAGCUGCUGCACAAAUGAGUGUGAAGAGUGUGUGUGUGUGUGAGAGAGAAUGUGUGAGUGCACGUGUAUGUGGUUUAGUGUCUAAAAGGAAGGGUGAGUGACUUAGAGAAAUGGUAAAAGAGAAACAGACAAAAUUAACAUACCACUUCAGUUCUCUAAAGAAACUCAGAAUACUAGAGCACAUUAGUCAUUGAAGAAAAAGUAUGAAAAUGAUGUAUGGAAAUGAUGGGGAUAGGAGUAUGAUAUCCCAUAAAAGUUUUGUCCAAAAAAGACUAAACAGAUUUUGUGGUUGAGCAUUUCUUAAAAUUUUGACCCUUAGAUUGGGAUGGCAGGCAUUGUUUUAGAGUCAUUGUUGUCUACCCAGUAUAUCAUUAAUCCUAGAAUUUUGAGCAAUCACUUUUAGGUAGGCUUUUUUAUCUAACGUGUAUUCACAGGAAACUUAUGCACAAAAGAUAAAUUAAAAUAGCUGUUCUCGGUUCAGUAUUCUUAAGAAUAGAAACAGGAAGUAUGGGGAGGAUACAUUUAGCCGUCCUUAUCAGAUAAACAAAACUGAACAGUUCCUUCAUAAUGAAUUUUAAAUAUAUAUAUAUAUUUCUGUAUAUU